UACCAGCGGUGAAUAGAGCGAACUGACCUCAUUAUACAUCGCAAAACUCGUGACGUUGACGGAUCAGUCGCACGUAAACACUUGCUUAAUAGCCGGACCAUUCAGGCUAUAAAUGUACGCGCACAGUAUCUCCAUUCGGAAACCAGUGCGAGGUUGUCUGUGGACGACUGCUAGCGAGCUGUGCCUAUACUAUGUCCGCUACUAAGGGCGAAUUUAGACCAAUGACGAACGUAGAGGCUGGAAAUGGAGGCCCAUCUAACGUAGAUGACCGGGCAGAUGUGGAUAACAGCAUCGGCUGUUGUGGCUACAUCCUAUGGGGCCUGUCCUUAUUCCUGAUCGCCGUCACCUUCCCCUUCUCUCUCUGUCUUUGUAUCAAGGUGGUGCAAGAGUAUGAGAGAGCUGUUAUCUUCAGGCUGGGCCGUCUUGUCUCCGGAGGUGCAAAAGGCCCAGGACUGUUCUUUAUCAUCCCAUGCAUUGAUUCCUACACCAAGGUUGACCUGAGGACAGUGUCCUUCGAUGUCCCCCCACAAGAGGUGCUGACAAAGGACUCGGUCACUGUUGCUGUGGAUGCUGUGGUUUACUACAGAGUACAGAAUGCAUGUACGUCCAUCACAAAUGUCGAGGAUGCCAACCGCUCCACGCGCCUCCUCGCACAGACAACGCUGCGGAACGUGUUGGGUACAAAGAACCUUGCAGAGAUUCUGUCAGAGCGGGAAGCCAUCAGCAACUUCAUGCAGACAUCUUUGGAUGAGGCCACUGAUCCAUGGGGGGUGAAGGUGGAGAGAGUUGAAGUUAAGGAUGUGCGUCUGCCUGUCCAGUUACAGAGAGCUAUGGCUGCUGAGGCCGAGGCAGCCAGAGAGGCCAGGGCUAAGGUGAUUGCUGCCGAGGGAGAACAGAAAGCAUCGCGCGCCCUAAAAGAAGCUGCUGAUGUCAUCACCGAGUCGCCUGCGGCCCUCCAGCUGCGCUAUCUUCAGACGCUCAACGCCAUCUCUGCGGAGAAGAACUCCACCAUCAUUUUCCCUCUGCCUAUCGACCUUGUCCAGUCCUUUGUGAACCGCUAAAGGUCAAGGCCAGAACAACCCAGCAGACUCUGUGAAGGUUUAAAAUGGAGAAAGAUGUCCACGGAAUGGAUUAGACAUAAUACCAUGAACUGACAUUUUUAGAAAAUUAAAAAAAGGGACAAAAUAACAAGUAUUCAAUCACCUCCAAAACUUCAUGCACACAAACAUUUUAGUCAGCUGACCAUCACAACAUAUUUGCUCAAAAUGUCUCUGUGUGUAAUGGAUAGCAAUGAUUUUAGUAUACUCUUGUUAAAUAUUUCGAGUACUAAAAUCCUAACUCCUAAAGGCACUGCACGGAAGACAUUUAUGUGAAGGGGUUUCGAGGCUUUCCAUCGCCCAGUCACAUUGUUAGUUGGAGUCCCAUCAUUUUACAAACCUGUAGCAUUUUCAACUCAGAAUGUGCAGGGCUUGGAGGAAGCAAGCCACAGAGUUCCCUGUUUCGAGACAGAUGUAGAAUGCUUAUGUGCAUGGGGUUUUAUGCCUAUUUUCUGAUAAACAUAUUCAAGAUCAACCUGUUCUUAUAUGCCAUAAGUUAAAAGUUAAUUUGACCAGUAUCAAGCUCAACACAUGUAAGUGUGAUGUAAGGAUUCGUAGCUGCUAUUUAGGUUUGGUGGUACGUCUGUAAUGUUAAGAUCAAGACAUCAGUUUCACAGAAAAACCUUCACCCAGUUUUUACAGAAAAGAGAAAAAUGAAGUCAAAAACAUCUGUUAUAAUUUCCUUAGGGCUUGAAUGUGUUUAAUUGUGCAAAACCAGAGCAUAUGGAUAUUGGUGUUCAUUUUUGGUACACACAUGUAGACAAUAAUUGGGGUGUAUAGGUGACAAGAUUAAGAGUUUCUACACACAUGGUACAUCUAGUAUUGUUAAAUCUUACUUAAAAAAAAACACAGUUGUUAUUGAGUGGUAGAUUUCUUCAACAAGGAUCAGUGUGCUGCUGGAUGAAUGUAGGCAGCAGAGUGGAGUGGUCUACACAGAGUUAGUGAUGAGGGCAUGUGAAGACUAAUCUUGUACAAUCGUUCAACUUCAUUGCUUAUAACAAGUUUGAUUCAAGUUUUCUUGAUAUUCUCAGGAGCUGAUCAAUAAUAUAGAUAUCUAUUCUCUCACUUUAACCAUGCUUUACUGGUCAUGCUUUACACAGGAAAGCAGCACAUACCUUGACGAUUGACCCACAAGGCUAAUGGCUACCAUAUAGUCAUGUAUGCCCUUAAUCUCCAUGUAUACUUUACCCAGGAAAGCAGCACGCUCGUUGAUGAUUGACCCUCAAGGCUGAGCUACCAUACAGUCAUAUAUGCCCCUAAUCACCCUGUGUACUUUACCUGGGAAAAAGGCACAUCCCUUGAUGAUUGACAUACCAGUAUCCUCUUUGAUUUUAAUACCCAGUUAGCUAGAGUGCAAAUUUAAAGUGAUACAGAAUCGAUGCUGAUUGGCUAACAGUGGAGAUACAUGAAUGCUUUCCUGGGUUAAUCAAUGCAGCCUUAGUCAUGCAUGAAUAAAUCUGCCAUACUUAAAAUUCACCUGAGGUAAGGCAUAGUGUAUCUUUCAAACCAUCCAGUCAGAAUUGAUCCUAUAUCCCUUUAACAUCGUUUGGCUAGUUGACAUACUGAUGUGCAUGUAUCAGUGUAGACUUAACCCUAUGGUCAUGGUAAUAAUAGAGACAGAGACAAUGAUUAUUACAAUGAUGGGAGAUGUACAUGUAUGGAACAGUUAGAAAUGAAGACCAUAAAGAAAUCAUCAAAUCGACUUCAUACCUAUAGAACAUAUUAAGAAAGAAUUAUAAUGUCUUUUAAGUCAAUAACGGCUGUCUCCAGUCUUCUUUAAAAAAGGGACCUUUUGGCAUUGAAUGAUUUAUACUUUUUUUUACUACUCUAUCAUUUACUUUGAUCCCUUUAAUACUGUAUUGAUAAAAGAGUCAUGCUGAGUCUUUCUCUAAUGUUUUUGAGAGCCUUCAAAUUUUACUGAAAUAUAUUAAGAUGGACGAGAAAGAAAAACAAUUUAAUCUUCUGUAUUUUGACAGAUGAAUUCUUCAUCAAGACUGGACGGUUGUCUUAGUUGUUAAUUUUAUCAAAUGGUUGACCUUAUUUGAUGCAUGGUCUGUCUCAGUAGAGAUUCAUAUCUGUAGGCAGCAGAAGAUGUUUGCACAUUGUCUCUGAGCUAGAACACAACAUAGUCCUCAUGUAGACAAAUGCAUUUGCAAAGAAUUUUGAAUUGUUCUAUUUUCUUAUUAAUAAUCUUGUGAUCAGCUGAACCCCCAGUAGUACUGAUUCUCCAAAAUAGUCACAAUAAUGUGAAUUUUUUUUUUUUUU